UAGCAGACUGUGUGUGCAUGUGUGUGUGUGCGCGAGCUGAUCAGCCGAUCACAGAUCGAUCAGGAUGUCCUUCCAAAACAAGAAGAGCAGCGCGAGACCCGCGAGUGACCGUCUGAUCAUCAAAGGAGGAAAGAUUGUCAACGACGACCAGUCAUUCUACGCUGAUGUCUAUGUAGAGGACGGGACCAUCAAGCAGAUUGGUGAGAACCUGAUCAUCCCGUCCGGCGUGAGGACAGUGGAUGCAUACGGUCAGCUGGUCAUCCCCGGAGGCAUCGACGCCAACACCAACCUGCUCGCUCCACAGAAAGGCCUGAACCCGGCCGACGACUUUUACCAGGGAACCCGAGCUGCCCUGUUUGGAGGAACCACCACCAUCAUGGACCACGUGCUGGUGGAGCCGGGGGCUAGUUUACUGUCAGCAUUUGAUCAGUGGAGGGAGACGGCGGAGCAGAGGGCAUGCUGUGACUUCUCUCUUCACCUGGACGUCACUCGCUGGCACGACGGACUGUACGAGGAGCUCGAGACACUCAUCAAAGAUAAAGGUGUGAACUCCUUCCUCUUCUUCAUGGCAUACAAAGAUAAAUUCCAGAGCUCCGACUCUCAGCUGUACGAGGCGUUCGGGGUCCUGCGGGAUCUUGGAGCCAUCGCCCAGGUCCAUGCUGAAAAUGGUGACAUCAUCGAUGAGGAAGAGAAGAAGCUUCUCUCUCUCGGCAUCUCAGGACCUGAAGGACACAGUUUAUCUCACCCUGAGGAGGUGGAGACAGAGGCGGUGUAUCGCGCCGUCACCAUUGCCAAACAGGCCAACUGCCCACUGUAUGUUACCAAGGUCAUGAGCAAAUCUGCUGCUGAUGUCAUCGCCAAAUCCAGGAAGAAAGGUAUGGUUGUGUAUGGGGAACCAAUCACAGCCAGCUUGGCCACUGACGGCUCUCAGUAUUGGUCCAAAGACUGGGCCACUGCUGCUGCCUACGUCAUGAGCCCACCCCUCAACCCUGACCCUUCAACUCCACAGUAUCUGACAUCUCUGUUAGCAUGCGGAGACCUGCAGGUGACAUCCAGCGCUCAUGCCAGCUUCUCCACAGCUCAGAAAGCCGUCGGUAAAGAUGACUUCACUUUGAUCCCAGAGGGAACCAAUGGGGUCGAGGAGAGAAUGUCGGUGGUGUGGGACAGAGCAGUGUCUACGGGGAAGAUGGAUGAGAAUGAGUUUGUCGCAGUAACAAGCACCAAUGCUGCUAAAGUCUUCAACAUUUACCCACGAAAAGGACGCAUCGCUGUAGGAUCUGAUGCUGAUAUUGUUGUCUGGAACCCAAAGGAGACACGAACUGUUUCUGCAAAGACUCACAACCUGACGGUGGAGGUGAACAUCCUGGAGGGUAUGGAGUUUCGAGGCACGGCAUCGGUGGUGAUCAGUGGAGGUCGAGUUGUUGUGGAGGACGGAAAACUCAACACAACUGAAGGUUCGGGACGCUUCAUUCCCAGGAAGGCUUUCCCUGACACCGUCUACAAGAGGAUCAGAGCCCGCAGCAAGAUGGCAGAGGCUCGCGGUGUCCCCCGUGGAAACUAUGAUGGUCCGGUCCAUGAUGUCAUCAGCAUGACUAAAUCGGUCCCGCCUACUCCGACCAGCAGAGGCCCCUCAUGUCCAAAAACCCAGACCGGCCCCCGAAACCUCCACCAGUCAGGAUUCACACUGGCAGGAGCUCAGAUUGACGACCACAUACCUCGUCGCUCUGCUCAGAGGAUUGUGGCUCCUCCAGGUGGACGAUCCAACAUCACAUCUUUAUCUUAAAACAAGAAGAAUCACACUGACACUUCGAGUGUCACUUUUACAACAAGACACAACCAACCUUACUGCAACCUUACAAAUCCUACAACUGUAUAACUAGUACUAGGCACUAUAACAGUAGUAUUUCACUAAUACAGAACCCUACCAUAUGCUCACAAAAGUGUAGUACUUUAAUAAGUACUUCAUUCUCCAACUGAAGUACUUCAACUAGUACUAAACCCAAAACCCAAUUAUAGCCCCAAAGAUAAUAUUUAACUCUAAAACCUUACAAACCCUAUUACUGCACAACUAGUACUAAAUCCUGAACAGCCACACAAAUAGUAAAAAUCCAUACAACUACUACUAAAUCCUGCACCUACUGUACUUCAGCUUAGGUAGUACUGAAUGUUACAGCAAUGGUACAACAACCGAACAACUACUACUAAACUAAACUAGGACAUAAUGCUACAACAACUGAGAUCUAGUACUAGACCCUGCAACAAUAAUACAACUAGUAUUAAACCUUACAACGACCUUACAGCUAGUACAAAGCCCCACAUCUACUAAAACGUACACCUACUGUACAUCAGUGGUUAUAGUACUCAGUUUUUCAACGAUAGUAGUACAACCCAACAAGUACUGCACCCAACAACUAGUUCUUAACACUACAAGUUAUACUUCAAAUAGGACUUCAUGUUAAAAUGAUUCAUUUGAAGUACUCUAAUCCUACUCAUGAGUACUCAACAACAUCUCAUCUCAUCCUUCCUGAGGCUCCUCCCUCCAUCAUGUUCUGUCUGCUGGUAAAAGCAGUAGUAGUAGUAGUAGUAGUUGUAGUAGUAGAGCAUAGCCCCUGACCAUACUUUCUGUUUCCUGUUUCCUCUUGGCCUCCCAUUCUUUCCAUAAACUAAUUCUGCUCAUUGUACAUUAAAUCCAUAUUGUCCUGAAACCACUGUAGUCAUUACUGUAAGGUCAGUAUUAAUGUUUCAUGUCUCCAUCGUAUUUAAACUCUUCAAGUAGAAUUUACCCAGGUCCAUAUCUGUCUUAUAUCUGUUAGUAUCAAUCUGACCCACUUUCAGUCUUACUCUGCUUCACUAUGAGACCAUUAUCUGUUCAUCAGUCUGUGGUGGUAAUGUGUUCAGUCCUGUGAGUGUUUCUGUAGGUCAGAUUUAGUCUGGAGUGAGCUGGACUGCAGGUUAAGUGUCCUGUCAGGAUUAACUUUUUUUUAAUGUACAGAUCCAGUUUUAAUUAUUAACUUAUUAAUUAAUUAAGCAACUUUAGUCUCAGAAUCAGAGCUGGACUCUCAGACUACCACCGCCAGACUUUCUGUCAACUUCAAAACAUCAUCUGACUUUAAAUGGUGCUAAUAAAUCCAGUGGUAGCCUGCGAGUUGCAAUCCCUUCAAAACCACGCCAACUACAGGAUGUAGAUGAACUGAGUCCUCCCCCAGAAAGCUCUAAAACAGCCCCCCACCCCCUUACUCAUUUGCUUCAUUCCCCAAACCUCUUAAGGGAUUUUUAACAGUGUGUUUGAUUAGUUGAACACUUCGUUUGAUACCAUGAUCAUUUUGUAUUUUUUUACAGUGUUUGUAUCCUGCAGUGUUAGCAUCAGUGGCCGUUGUACUCUCACACAGUUCAGACAUCAUACAGCCCAUGGCCGCCAUGUUGUUCUCAAGCUGUAGCAACAUGUUGUUAUGACCAGUUACUGUUGCUUUGCUGACAACAUGUCGCUAUGAUUAUGCUGGAUUACAGAUGCAGCUCCAACAUGGUGGUGGUGUUCCUGCUGGUUGAUCUGUUUCUGUAGCAGCAAGGCUGGGUAUCGAACCUCCGUACUUUAAUGAACUGACCGAAGGAGAAUCGAAGAAUUCCUCGUCAUUAGAAACCAGUUCAUCCGUUUGUUCAUUCUUCAAAUGGAUUUGAUAAAAUUGGUAUCAAGAAAAGUAUCGUUAACAAUUACUAUCAGUACCGAUAUCUUAUUGGUGUCAGUACUGAUAUCUAAAGGUUUUGAUCGAUACCCAGCUCUAUGUAGCAGUCAGAUGAUUUUCUGUCCUUACAGAUGCACUGGAGCCAACAUGGAGGACAGGAACUCUUUGUAUACAUAGUAAUAAUGUGCAGACAUGCACAAGUGUGUAUAUGAAGAGGGGUUAACAUGGUGACAGUGCAUAUGUUGUUGUUGUUCCUGUAGUAAAUGUAGAACUACUUCCAGUUGUGAUGAGAGCUGCAUGAAUAAACU